AUCUAGAGUCUGGGCGUAGGAGUCAUCGCCAUGCCCCUGUCGGACUUUCUGGACGGCCUGAAGGACAACCCGUACUUCGGGGCCGGCUUCGGACUGGUUGGGGUCGGGACAGCGCUGGCGCUGGCCAGGAAGGGAGCCCAGGUGGGGAUGGUCUUCUUCCGCAGGCACUACAUGAUAACUCUGGAGGUGCCCAGCAGGGACAAAAGCUACCACUGGCUGCUGAGCUGGAUCACCAAGCACGCCAGGCACACGCAGCACCUGAGCGUGGAGACCUCCUACCUGGCGCACGAGAGCGGACGGGUUCACACGCAGUUUGACUUCCACCCGAGCCCUGGCAACCACAUCAUCUGGUAUGGGAGGAAGUGGAUCAGGGUGGAGCGGACCAGAGAAAAACAGAUGGUGGAUCUGCACACCGGAACUCCGUGGGAGUCUGUCACGUUCACUGCUUUAGGCAGAGACAAACAGAUCUUCUUUAAUAUCUUACAAGAAGCAAGAGAGCUGGCACUGAAGCAGGAGGAAGGGAGGACGGUGAUGUACUCCGCCAUGGGUGCAGAGUGGCGGCCCUUCGGUUUUCCUCGGCGACGCAGACCCCUCAGUUCUGUGGUGCUGGACGUGGGCAUUGCUGAAAGGAUUGUAGAUGAUGUGAAGGACUUCAUUGGAAACCCCAAGUGGUACACAGACAGAGGUAUUCCCUACAGAAGAGGAUAUCUGCUGUACGGCCCCCCUGGAUGUGGAAAGAGCAGCUUUAUCACGGCACUGGCUGGUGAGCUGGGCUACAGCAUCUGUCUGAUGAGCCUGAGCGACCGAACGCUUUCGGACGACCGCCUGAACCACCUCCUGAGCGUGGCGCCGCAGCAAAGCAUCAUUCUGUUGGAGGAUGUCGAUGCAGCCUUUGUCAGCCGAGAGCUGCUUCCCACUGAGAACCCUCUGGCCUACCAGGGAAUGGGAAGACUGACCUUCAGUGGACUGCUUAACUCUCUUGAUGGAGUGGCUUCAUCGGAGGCCCGAAUAGUUUUUAUGACCACCAACUUCAUAGACAGGUUAGACGCAGCGCUCAUCCGACCCGGCCGUGUUGAUCUGAAGCAGUACAUCGGGCAUUGCACCCACUGGCAGCUCACCCAGAUGUUUCGGCGGUUCUACCCAGACGAACCCGCCUCCGAGGCAGAGCGCUUUGCAGAGCGGGCUUUAGCCGCACACUCAGAGAUCAGCGCUGCGCAGGUGCAAGGACACUUCCUGCUGCACAAAAUGGACCCUGAAGGAUCUAUAGACAAUGUUGCUGAAAUAAAAGGAUGACGGGGAUUUGGACGCCUGAAUAAAGAGAAAUGAGAAACACUUUCAGUUUAAGUUUGUUAUCAGUGAUGCACUUUGAUGUUAAAGGAUAUCAAAUAGCUUUCCAUAAUGUGUCAUUUUCUCUUUAAAUAUGAAGCAACUCUAGACACAGUUUCAAACUCUAACACUUAUCAGCAUUUUUGGCCCAUCAACAUGAGCUGCUGCUAUUUAGAGUGUUUGAAUUGCACAAUACAGCUUAUUGAACAGGGUACUUUGAAGGCUCAGAUAUGUUUCAUUAUGUUAACCAGGGAGUGAAGCAGAGAUGAAAAUAAAAUACCUUACGGUACCUUUAGGGGUUCGAGGGCUUGUCACUGGGUUCUAAGUGCAAAAUUGUGUUCGUGGUGGAGCAUAUAGUGAUGUAUUUCAUAAAUAUGUCUUCAGCUCGGUAACAUUGAAAACUUUACUCUGACUUUCACAAAAUUAUCUUUUAAAUGUAUUGCGGUAUAUCUGUCACUUAUACUGCAGAAGGUACAUAUUUUGCUCAGACACUGGAAUAAUAUUUUAAAAUUCUUUUCUUGUAUAUUAAUUUGAAAAUUUUGAUGAUUUUAAUGAUCCUGUAGUGGACAAGGUGAACAUUUGGAGUGCAUCAAGAAGCAGGAGAAAGACGGGCAGCAUAAAACCAAACAGUUAUGAAAAAGAAAGUACAUCUUUUAAUUAGCAAGUCUUAAAAUUAUCUCAGGUAUUAUUUACCUAAACAAUAAGACAUGACAUAUUACACUGUCAUUUAUUUAACAGAAACUGAACCAAAAUGCAAAAGCAGUGUGUGAAAAAAGUACCCCCAUGAUUGAGCAGCUUGUUGAACCACCUCCAGCAGUAAUAACUUGGAAGUAAUGGUUUCCUGUGUGACUAUCAGUUUCGCACGUCAUUGUGGAGGAAUUUUGGCCCACUCUUCCUCACACAGAUUUCAUGCUGUGCUUGGGAUCACUGUCCUGCUGCAUGAGUCAGAUUUGGCCAAGCUGCAGCUGUCAGACAGAUGGCCGCACAUUUGACUCUUGUAUACUUUGGUAUACAGAGGAGUUCAUGGUCGCCUCAGUGACUGCAGAACAAACUCAAAUCCUCACCCCGUCCACCACCGCUGACAGUUGGUAUGAGGUGUUUAACGUGCUAAAU